AUGAAGAAUCAGAAUACAAAGGAUAAAGUGUUUCAGAUGUUUACAUGGACCCUAACAAACUUCCCGUCAUACGUUUGUCAGAAAGAAUAUUUGAAAACGUUUACUGUCGAUGGCUAUACAUGGGGGAUUCGUAUCAUUCGAGCUGCAACAGAGAAGUUGUAUUUGUCAAUUAUUUUGGAUUCUGUUAGUGGUUGGCCUCCUGGAUGUGGAAAAUUUGCAAAUUUAAAAUUCAUUCUGAUUAAUCAGCUAAACCCCACUAGGAAUAUAAUAAAAGGAAUUAGUCACACCACCUUCAAUCCAAGGAAUGACCAUUCGCGUGCAAUUUACGCCUCUGCUGAUGGAUUCAUCGUGAAUGAUAUUUGUAUAGUUGAACUUCAUAUAUCGGUUUAUAAGUCAGAUCAUGAGAAACAAGGAGAAUCAUUGAGGAACAUUGAUAAUAAGCUUGUCCAAAACACGGAGGAGAAUUUUUCAACCAAGAAAAUGAUCUCAAACUCACCUGGUGAGGUCGUGGAUUUUAGGGGCAUAGGAAAAGUGGAGAAAGACUUUAUUCCUCUUUUGGAAGAAGUUUGUUCACGAUAUCCUUCUCUUAUUGAUAGCAAGAAGAAGAAUAGUAAAAAAUUUACUGAAUGGGCAUUUACAGCACUUGGUAGAGUUCUUUAUUUUCUCAACAUUAAAAAAGUAAGAGACAUGGACGAUGAUGCUUGCAAUCAUCUCCAAACUUUAUGGGAGGAAUUAGAGAUAUGUGGAUUUGAUUUGUCAUGGCUGAAACCUCAUGUACAAUCUGCAUUGGAUAUGAAAACUUGUGUUGAGAAAGUUUUUAAUGUGAAAAGAUGGGAGGAGAAUGUAAUUACUUUGGAGAAUGAUGUGGCUGUUUUAGAGAAAGAAAUAAAGAAUUUGACGACAAAGAUGAUUGAAGCAAAGGUAAAUUUAGAAAUAACAAGAAGAGACUUGGUUCAAGCAAAAGAAGGUUUUGAAGAAUGUGAUUUGGAUGCUCAACUCACAUAUAUGGUAAACCAUAAUUCAUGA